UCCGCCUACACUGAACGACAGAUGACCUUACAGAAGGGGGUCCGCCUGGCAGGACUGGGGACUUUCACCUUCUCUCAGCAAAAGCUGGACCUAGGAAACAAGUUCACAGUGAUCCAACGACCCAUCUUCCUCCUGGCUGGGAAACUGGUUCAGUCUCUGGGUUUAAAGCAGACCAGGCCACUGGCUGCAGUAACACACUUUCCAGUGGUGCAGCUAAACUUUGCAGCUGUGUCACAAGAGGGUCCUUUCAGUCGAGACGUAGUGGAGGGCUGCAUUAGAGAAACUCUUCUGCUCCUCUUCAGAGCUUUGGCCUCGGAGCAAAACGUGUUUGUCACCUUCCAGGGAAUUGGAGUUCUGUCCUUUAAGAACAACAAGGUCCGGAUGAAAUUCAACAGCGAUUUUAUUAAUGCCAUGGAUGGAACUGGUAGGCUGCUGUUAGCCUUUAAGAAUAGACCUGGCAGCAGUGUCUCUUUACUGUCUGUUGGACCGUCCAGGCUUCAGCGACCACAGACUGCCAAGCCCACCACCCUGCCAACUGUCUGCUCUCCUCAACCAGACGACAAAGCCGGUGACAGAGAUGGAUGGUGCUUGUCACCAGCUCCAGACCAGAGGAAUGCAGGAGGUAAAAGAGCCUUUUGCACAAUUAGAGUUGGGGUUUGA